AUGUGUGUGCAGGUCAGGAACGUUCUGGCCUCAUCCCAGCUCAUUCAGACUCAGCUAGCCACUGUUUGGAACCUGGCAGAUGUGGACAAGGACGGCCAGCUGACAGGGGAGGAGUUCAUCCUGGCUAUGCACCUGGUGGACAUGGCGAAGGCCGGACAGCCGCUGCCCCUCACGCUUCCCGGGGACCUGGUGCCCCCCUCCGUCAGAACGGGGAAGCAGGGGGAAUUGCUUCCUUUGAAUCGCACCAUCGUCCCUGAAGAAAUUCAAGUUGAACCACCCCAGAAGACAAAGAGUAAUGUUUCGUUCGAGGACAAGCUAAAGGAGAACUUCCAGCGGGGAAACGCUGAGCUGGAGAGGCGGCGGCAGGUCUUACAGGAGCAGGAGCGGCGCGAGCAAGAGAGGCGGGCCCAGAAGGCCCGGGAGGAGCAGGAGCGGCGUGAGCAGGAGGCGCGGGAGCAGGAGAGGAGGCGGCAACAGGAGCAGGAGCGGCGGCUGGAGAGGCAACGCGAGCUGGAAUGGCAGAAGGAGGAAGAGCGCUUAAAGGAGCUGGAACGCAAGGAGGCUGCUAAGCAGGAGCUGGAGCGUCAGAGGAAGAUGGAGUGGGAGUGGAGGAGGCGACAGGAGCUGCUGAAUCAGAGGAACCAAGAACAAGAGGACAUCAUCAAGCUUAAGGCCAAGAAGAGGAGCUUGGAGCUGGAGCUGGAGGCUGUGAGAGACAAGCACAAGCAGAUCUCUGACCGACUCAGGGACGUCCAGAGCAAGAGGAGCAUCCAGAAGGGAGAGCUGGAACUGAUCAGUCAGAAGCAGGACAGCUGCCUGCUGGAGGUCAACGCCCUGCAGCGGCAGCUUGAGGAGGGGCAGAGGAAACAUUCUCAGCUGAUUGUGGAGCAGCAGAGAUGCAAGGAGAUCCUAUGCAACAUGGGGCUGAACAGUAGGUCUGGUCCGACACUUUCCUCCGUAAAGAGGGGCGUGACUGAGAAGGACAUCGUCUGUCGGAAACUCAAGGAGCAGCUGGAUGUGCUGGAGAAGGAUACCGUGGCAAAACUGUCGGAGAUGGACCAGUACAACGUGGACAUCAAGGAGCUCCGGGAAAGCCAGACCAAGCAGCAGCAGGUCCUGGACAGACUGCGGCAGGUCAAGGCCGACAAGCUAUGUGACCUGCAGCGGAGGCGAGAACUGGAGUUGGAGAGGAGGAAGAGAGAGGAGGAGGAGGCGGUCAGGCAAGCCAAGCUGGAGAAAGAGCGGCAGUGGCGUGUGAAGUUGGAGCGGGAGGAGGAGGAGCGGGAGGCCAAGCUGAAGGAGGAGGAAGAACCCCAGAAGAGGGAGGAGGAGAAGAGGAUAGAGGAGGAGAGGCGGCGAGAGGAACAUAAAAGGGCGGAGGAGGAGAGGAGGCAGAAGGAAGAGGAGAGGAGGCGGCAAGAGGAGGAGCGGAGAAAGGUGGAGGCAGAGAGAAGGAAGCUAGAGCUGGAGAGGAAAAGACUGGAAGAAGAGAAAAAGAGAUUUGAGGAAGAGAGGAGGAGGCAGGAGGAAGAGAGAAGGAGGCAAGAGGAAGAGAACAGAAGGAAGAAGGAGGAGGAGCAGGAGCUGGAGAGGGAGGAGGAGGAGAGAAGACGUCAGCGGGCUCAGAUAGCUGCUGUCAGGGAUGCAGAGGAGCGGAGGAGACAGGAAGAGGAGCGGAGGAGACAGGAAGAGGAGCGGAGGAGACAGGAGGAGGAGCGGAGGAGGCUGGAAGAGGAGAAGAAGAGACAGGAAGAGGAGAGACGGCGAGAGGAGGACAGGAGGAGAAAGCAACAGGAGGAGGAGGCCGUGGCCAGACAGCGGGAGGAAGAGGCCCGGCAGCAAAAGCAGCAGCAGCAGCACAAUUUAGGCAAGACAGACAUUCAUGAGAAGCUGUCGGACCUGAUCAGGGGCCUAGAGGAGCGAAAAGGGAAUUUGAGACCCGUCAAGUCAACACACAGGAAAUCGGCCUCCCUGACAACCUACAGAGCCCUGUACCCCUUCACAGCACGGAACGCGGACGAGCUCACCUUUGACACGGACAGCUUGAUUGAGGUGGACGAGAAGACGGAAGGCGAGCAGGGCUGGCUGUAUGGCAGCUACCAGGGCAAGAUGGGCUGGUUCCCUGAGAGCUACGUCGAGAAGCACAGCCAACCGGAAUCUGCGGCCAGCACCAAGCAGGCUCUGAUGCCCACAACUGCAUCUACCUCAGUCUCUGCAAGCAAGGCGGAGGCUAAUUCCAGUACCUUCCCAGCAGGACAGAGCACUCCUGGGGGGGCAGGGCAGAACUCUGCCUUCACUCCCACCCACCCUCCAGGCUCUGCCUCUAUGGAGUAUGGACAGGUGGCAAGUGGCCUCCAGGUGCAAGCGCUGUGCUCCUGGACGGCCAAGACGGACAACCACCUGAACUUCUCCAAGGAUGACAUCAUCACGGUGCUGGAGCAGCAGGAAAACUGGUGGCUGGGGGAGCUGAAUGGGGUGCAGGAAUCGCCGAUCCAUUUUUUUUCACUUUAUUUUGCCAGACCCCUAUAUUCUUCUGUGGAUGAGUUCAAUAACCCUGACAAUACUCUACAAGAAGAGUAUGUAGCCUUAUAUACCUAUGAAAGCCCAGAGUCAGGAGACCUCACUUUCAACGAAGGAGACACCGUCGUUGUGACGGAAAGAGAAGGGGACUGGUGGAAAGGGUACAUCGGAGACAGGAGUGGAGUCUUCCCCUCCAACUACGUAACGCCAAAGGAAUCUGAAACAUAUAGCACCACUGGAAAGUCAGGUGGAGUCGGCAAAAAGCCAGAGGUUGCCCAAGUGACGACUGCGUACACGGCCACCGGAGCGGAGCAGCUGAGCCUGGCCCCGGGACAGCUUAUCCUCAUCCAGGGCAAGAACCCAUCUGGGUGGUGGCAAGGGGUUCUGCAGGCUAGGGGUAAAAAACGCCAGAACGGAUGGUUCCCCGCCUCCCACGUCAAGCUCUUGGGCCCCACCAGUGGGAAGUCCACACCAGCUCCAGUUCCAAUUUGCCAGGUCAUCACCAUGUACGACUACAAGGCGGGCAACGAGGAUGAGAUGAGCUUCUCCAAAAGUCAACUGAUCAAUGUGCUGAACAAGGACGAUGCUGAUUGGUGGAAAGGGGAGCUGAAUGGCGUCGUCGGCUUGUUCCCCACCAAUUACGUCAAGAUGACCACGGAGUCCGAUCCCAGUCAACAAUGGUGUGCUGACCUGACCAGCCUGGACACCAUGAGUCCGCAGGAGAGGAAGCGACAGGGUUACAUCCACGAGCUCAUUGAGACGGAGGAGCGAUACAUGGCUGACCUUCAGCUGGUCCUGGAGGUGUUUUACAAGCCCAUGUCUGAGUCGGGACGCCUGACAGAUGUUGAAAUGGCCAUGAUCUUCGUCAACUGGAAGGACCUGAUUAUGUCCAACACCAAACUUCACAAGGCACUGAGGGUGAGGAAGAAAACGGGUGGCGAGAAGAUGCCGGUGCAGAUGAUUGGGGACAUCCUGGCCUCGGAGCUCUCGCACAUGCAGGCCUACAUCCGCUUCUGCAGCUGCCAGCUUAACGGUGCAGCCCUGCUGCAACAAAAGACUGACAAGGAACCCGAGUUCAAGGACUUCCUCAAGAAAAUCGCUACAGAUCACCGGUGUAAAGGUAUGCCACUGUCCAGCUUCCUGCUGAAGCCUAUGCAGAGAAUCACCCGCUAUCCACUCAUCAUAAAGAACAUUCUCGAGAACACUCCAGAGAAUCACUUGGACCAUGGACACUUGCGGGAGGCUCUGGACAGGGCCGAGGAGCUCUGUCUGCAGGUCAACGAGGGGGUCCGGGAGAAGGAGAACUCCGACAGGUUAGAGUGGAUUCAGAGCCAUGUCCAGUGUGAAGGCAUCACUGAGAACUUGAUAUUCAACUCCUUGACCAACUGCCUGGGUCCCCGAAAGCUGCUACACAGCGGCAAGGUCUAUAAAACUAAGAGCAACAAGGAGUUAUACACCUUCCUCUUCAAUGACUUCCUGCUGCUCACCCAAGCAGUGAAGCAGUUCACCUCAUCAGGGACGGAUAAGCUCUUCAGUCCCAAGUGCAACAUGCAGUUCAAGAUGUACAAGAACCCCGUGUUUCUAAAUGAAGUUCUGGUGAAGAUGCCCUCCGAUCCGUCUAGCGAUGAGCCAAUCUUCCACAUCUCCCACAUCGACCGUGUUUAUACUCUCAGGACAGAGAACAUCAAUGAGACUGCCUGGGCGCAGAAAAUCAAAGCUGCUUCAGAACAUUUCAUAGAGACUGAGAAGAAGAAGCGAGAGAAAGCUUACCAAGCUCGUUCCCUGAAAACCAGUGGCAUUGGCCGCCUGCUGGUCACUAUUUUGGAGGCCACAGAGCUCAAGCCCUGCAAGCCCAAUGGAAAGAGUAAUCCAUAUUGCGAGGUGACCAUGGGGGCACAGUGUUUCACCUCCCGGACAAUAAAUGACACAAUCAACCCCAAGUGGAACUUCAACUGUCAGUUCUUCAUUAAGGACCUGUACCAGGAUGUUCUAUGUGUCACCAUCUUCAAGAGGGACCAGUUCUCUCCCGAUGACUUCCUGGGCCGCACUGAAGUUCCUGUGGCCACCAUCAAGAAGGAGCUGGAAAACAAGGGAGCAGCGACAAGGCGCCUGCUGCUGCACGAGGUGCCGACAGGCGAGGUGUGGGUGCGCCUGGACCUGCAGCUGUUCGACCAAAAAUCUCUCAAAUGAGGCGACGCGGAUUGGUGCCAUGCCAUACGCCCCC